CACUCGGCGCCCCGGUUGUGAAGCCAGGAGAGGGUCGCGGGGCUCGUCGCGGGAACCGUGCUGCGAGGAAGCCCCACCGCGGCCAGAGCCAUGUUUCCCCAGAGCCGGCACCCUACCCCGCACCAGGCUGCGGGACAGCCUUUCAAAUUCACCAUCCCGGAGUCGCUGGACCGCAUCAAGGAAGAGUUCCAGUUCCUCCAAGCGCAGUACCACAGCCUUAAAUUGGAAUGUGAGAAACUGGCAAGCGAAAAGACAGAAAUGCAGAGGCACUAUGUGAUGUAUUAUGAAAUGUCGUAUGGAUUAAACAUUGAAAUGCACAAGCAGAAGGAAUUCAGUGCUGUACUUGGCUUUCUACAUGUUGAAAGUACAGAAAUCGCCAAAAGAUUGAAUACAAUUUGUGCACAAGUCAUCCCAUUUUUGUCUCAGGAACAUCAGCAGCAAGUGGCCCAAGCUGUAGAACGUGCCAAGCAAGUGACCAUGGCUGAACUGAAUGCCAUCAUCGGGCAGCAGCAAUUGCAGGCUCAACAUCUCUCCCAUGGCCAUGGACCUCCAGUGCCUCUAACACCACAUCCAUCAGGACUUCAGCCUCCAGGAAUUCCUCCACUUGGAAGCAGUGCUGGCCUUCUUGCCCUUUCUAGUGCUUUGGGUGGGCAGUCUCACUUGGCGAUAAAAGAUGACAAGAAGCACCAUGAUGCAGAACACCACAGAGAGAGAGAGCCAGGCACAAGUAAUUCUGUAUUGGUCCCAGACAGUCUGCGAAGCACAGAUAAACGCAGGAAUGGCCCUGAAUAUGCCAAUGACAUCAAAAAGAGAAAGGUGGAUGAUAAGGAUUCCAGCCAUUAUGACAGUGAUGGCGACAAGAGUGAUGAUAACUUGGUUGUAGAUGUAUCCAAUGAGGAUCCUUCUUCCCCACGGGCAAGUCCCACUCAUUCACCACGUGAAAAUGGUACAGAUAAAACCCGCCUGCUGAAGAAGGAUGCCUCUAGCAGUCCAGCAUCUACGGCCUCUUCAGGAAGUUCCACUUCCCUUAAAUCCAAAGAAAUUAGUCUUCAUGAAAAAGCCAGCACGCCUGUUCUAAAAUCCAGCACACCAACUCCUCGAAGUGAUGUGCCAACCCCAGGCACUAGUGCAACUCCAGGACUUCGUCCAGGCCUUGGCAAGCCUCCAACAAUGGACCCUCUGGUUAACCAAGCUGCUGCAGGUUUGCGGACACCAUUGGCAGUACCAGGACCAUACCCUGCUCCAUUUGGAAUUGUACCUCAUGCUGGCAUGAAUGGAGAGCUAACCAGUCCAGGGGCAGCCUAUGCCAGUCUACACAAUAUGUCACCUCAGAUGAGUGCUGCUGCUGCUGCAGCUGCUGUGGUUGCCUAUGGAAGAUCUCCUAUGGUGGGUUUUGAUCCUCCUCCUCACAUGAGAGUACCUGGAAUCCCUCCAAAUCUAGCAGGAAUUCCUGGGGGGAAACCAGCCUACUCCUUUCACGUUACUGCAGAUGGUCAGAUGCAGCCUGUUCCUUUCCCGCCUGAUGCCCUCAUCGGUCCAGGAAUCCCUCGCCAUGCCCGUCAGAUCAACACUCUGAAUCAUGGGGAAGUUGUAUGUGCAGUUACCAUCAGCAACCCCACGAGACACGUGUACACAGGUGGGAAGGGGUGUGUCAAAGUCUGGGAUAUCAGCCAGCCUGGCAACAAGAGCCCUGUCUCUCAGCUGGACUGCCUGAACAGAGAUAACUACAUCCGCUCUUGUAAAUUGCUGCCUGAUGGAUGCACCCUAAUAGUUGGUGGGGAAGCCAGCACAUUAUCCAUAUGGGACCUGGCAGCUCCAACUCCUCGUAUAAAAGCAGAGCUGACAUCCUCAGCCCCUGCCUGCUACGCUCUGGCUAUCAGUCCUGAUUCCAAGGUGUGCUUUUCCUGCUGUAGUGAUGGGAAUAUUGCAGUGUGGGAUCUGCACAAUCAGACCCUAGUCAGGCAAUUUCAGGGCCACACAGAUGGAGCCAGCUGUAUUGACAUUUCUAAUGAUGGCACCAAGCUUUGGACAGGAGGUUUGGAUAACACUGUCAGAUCCUGGGACUUGAGAGAAGGGAGACAGCUACAACAGCAUGACUUCACAUCACAGAUAUUUUCCCUUGGAUAUUGUCCUACUGGUGAAUGGCUGGCUGUGGGAAUGGAGAGCAGCAAUGUAGAAGUACUACAUGUAAAUAAACCAGACAAAUAUCAACUACACCUUCAUGAGAGUUGUGUAUUGUCACUCAAAUUUGCUUACUGUGGUAAAUGGUUUGUGAGCACUGGGAAAGAUAACCUUCUUAAUGCAUGGAGAACUCCCUAUGGAGCCAGUAUCUUCCAGUCCAAAGAAUCUUCCUCAGUACUUAGCUGUGACAUCUCUGUGGAUGAUAAGUACAUAGUCACUGGCUCUGGAGAUAAAAAAGCUACAGUCUAUGAAGUUAUCUACUGAAAAAUAUGAUGGGGAUAUAACUUUUGGAAGAUGAACUGGGCCAAAAUUGUUUGUAAUUGUAGAAGUAGAAAGGUUUUGCCUUUUAAAAAAGAAAGAAGUAUUGAGUUUCCUGACUUUGCCAUGAAACUACUCCGAUUUUUCAAAAUGGAAGGCAACAUCCAGCAACUAAAUAUUGGCUGCAAGGACCAAACAGAACACAAAAGCCAGAUGGACAGAUGUACCCUAGGUUUUUGGCAUAUCUUUUAAAACCAAGUCUACUGAAGAAUGUUGGAGCCUUUUAUUUUUUUCCUUUCUUUGUGACCUCAUGCAAAUCGUUCUUGUUGCCUGAAUAUGGGGGAUAAAUACCUUUCUGUUCCUUGCAGUUCAAGUUACAUUCUGUCCUGUGUAGAGCAGUGGUGUCUCAGAUAAACUUGUUUCCUGAUUUUUGCAUCUUGUGAUAAGUUUUUGUAUUAUUAUUGAAAGUCAAACAUUUGUAUAAAUUGUAAAUAUGUUUAGUUUAUUACAGCAAAGGCUUUAGUACCAACAAGAAGUCUUCCCUUCCUCCCCCACCCUGCCUGCCCUGCUUAUUUAAAAUUAAAAAACUUUUGGGGAUAUAAGUACCUUUUUAGAAGCAAAAGCAAACACUAUGUAUAGUUUGAAAAUGGUGUCUUAUUCUUUAUAACUCUUCCUAGAUUCCUUUAUCAUACUGCAAAGUAGUUGUUUUGACAUAUUAGGAUAUCGAGUCUAGUAGAUACUGUCUUGUGCUACAGAAAACUUAAAAAGCAAUUUUGUACUAAUUAUAGUGUAAAUAUAAAAAUUGAACAUUUCAUAAA